AGGUUGUCCAGCUUCUUACAGCCAUCUUCAGUGAAAAUAAGGUUAACUCCGCACUCUCUAUGGACGGCUACUUUCUGUUUCCAAGGGCGUGAAGAAUUUUCUUUUUCUCCUGUUCUUCCAUCUAAAAGUUCUCUUUGGAUAGUAACCAUCGCAGUGGAGUGCCUGGGUUGGACAUCCUCAUCUGGGUCAACUAAAAAAGACAGCAUGCAAGACGACAGCAUAGAAGCUUCUACUUCCAUAUCUCAACUUCUAAGAGAAAGCUACUUAGCUGAAACCAGACAUCGGGGAAACAAUGAGAGAAGUAGAGCAGAGCCUUCUUCCAACGCUUUUCAUUUUGGCGGUCCUUCUGGAGCUGCUGAAGGUGUAGGAGGCCAAGAUGAUCUUCCAGAUCUUUCUGCUUUUCUGAGCCAAGAAGAAUUAGAUGAAAGUGUCAAUCUGGCAAGACUGGCCAUCAAUCAUGACCCUUUGGAGAAAGCAGAUGAUUCUCAAGGUCGAAAACGUCUUUCUUCUGAUCAGAUGAAACAUUCACCUAAAUCAAGUUUUGACCCUAACUUCUGCCAGGAUAACACUCAACGUCAUACCAGCUCUAACGAGGUAGCAAAAAAGCCACAAUAUAGUUCAGAAACCCAGUCCAAAAAAGUUUUCUUAAACAAGGCUGCCGAUUUCAUUGAAGAGUUGUCCUCUCUUUUCAAAGCACAUAGCUCCAAAAGGAUUAGACCCCGUGCCUGCAAAAACCACAAGAGCAAAUUAGAAUCCCAAAACAAAGUAAUGCAGGAAAACAGCUCCAGUUUCUCAGAUCUGUCAGAGACACGAGAAAGAUCUGUUCCCAUCCCCAUUCCUGCAGAUACUAGAGAUAAUGAAGUGAACCAUGCCCUUGAACGGCAAGAAGCCAAAAGACUGGAAGCUGCCAAUGAGGCUACUGGUGGAGACAUUACCCCAGGGUCUUCACCUUCAUCAUUGUACUAUGAAGAACCUCUGGGACAACCUCCUCGGUUCACUCAAAAGUUACGGAGCCGAGAAGUUCCAGAAGGAACCCGAGUACAGUUGGAUUGCAUAGUGGUAGGAAUUCCACCACCUCAAGUAAGGUGGUACUGUGAAGGCAAGGAGCUUGAAAAUUCCCCAGACAUCCAUAUCAUCCAGGCAGGAAAUCUGCACUCGCUGACCAUUGCUGAAGCCUUUGAAGAGGACACAGGACGCUAUUCCUGCUUCGCUUCUAAUAUCUAUGGGACAGAUUCAACUUCUGCUGAGAUUUAUAUAGAAGGGGUUUCUUCUUCUGACUCAGAAGGGGACCCUAACAAAGAAGAGAUGAAUCGAAUCCAGAAGCCAAAUGAGCUGUCAUCCUCUUCUACUACCUCUGCAGCCAUUCCUCCAGCGGCCCCAUCCGCCCAGCCAGUGGUGGCGCAGCCCUGUGUGUCAACUGUCCAACAGUGUCAGAGUCCUACCAACUAUCUGCAAGGAUUGGAUGGAAACCCUAUCAUUGCGGCUCCUGUGUUUACAAAGAUGCUACAAAAUCUGUCUGCCUCUGAGGGUCAGCUGGUUGUCUUCGAAUGCAGAGUAAAAGGAGCUCCCUCUCCAAAGGUUGAGUGGUAUAGAGAAGGGACCUUGAUAGAAGAUUCUCCAGAUUUCAGGAUUUUACAAAAAAAACCUCGGUCCAUGGCAGAGCCAGAGGAGAUCUGUACUUUGGUUAUUGCUGAGGUAUUUGCAGAGGAUUCUGGGUGCUUCACAUGUACUGCAAGCAACAAAUAUGGCACCGUGUCAAGCAUCGCACAACUAAAUGUGAGAGGAAAUGAAGAGCUCAGCACUAAUGGGUCUCUUCACUCAGCCAGUUCUAUCAACAACCUGACUGCCAUCGAGCAGCAGCCGUCUCCACCCAACCCGGAACAACCACCCAAGCCCAAACUCGAAGGGGUUCUGGUGAACCACAACGAACCCCGAUCCAGCUCACGGAUUGGACUCCGUGUGCACUUCAAUCUGCCUGAAGAUGACAAAGAAAGUGAAGCAUCUUCAGAGGGUGGGAUGCCUACCACCAAUCACAGCAGGCCCAAUUUUUUCCCAGAGAGAUUCAAUGGACAAGCAGCAAAAAUCUCUGAACCUUCUUCGCCCAUCAAAGAGCCCCCUCCAGUCCUGGCUAAACCAAAACUUGAUUCCAGUCAGUUACAGCAACUUCACAACCAAGUCUUGCUGGAACAACAGCAGUUGCAAAGCCCAACUACUUCAUCUCCUAAGGAGUCUCCUUUCAGCAUGACUGCUUCCCCUUCAAUGACAAUAUCCACCAAGCCGGUGAAGGCCCCAUCAUCUCAAACCUUCAGCCUGGCCCGGCCAAAGCACUUCUUCCCCUCCACGAACACCUCUGUGGCAAGCACGUCCCCUUCCAGCUCUCCAGUAUUCAGCCUGAGUAGUGCUCCACAAGGCAUUCAGAGGACAGUGAGCAAAGAAAGUCUCUUAGUUUUUCACCCCUCCAUGCAAACCAAAUCUUCAGGAGGGAUUUCCACCCAAAGUGAGCCACUUCCUCCAGGUCCAACAGAGCCAGCACAACCUCCACUCAUGUUUUCCAUCUCCAGUGGAAACCAGUUUCAGCCCCACUGUGUGUCCCCAACUCCUGUCUCUCCCACCAGCAGGAUCCAGAACCCAGUGGCUUUCCUCAGCUCUGUUCUGCCUUCUCUUCCUACCAUCCCACCUACCAAUGCCAUGGGGCUGCCCAGAAGCGCACCCUCCUUGCCACCUCAGGGACUAUUGAAGAAAAAUACAAAGUCUCCUCAACCAGUUAACAAUGAUUAUAUUCGUGAAACUAAGAAUGCAGUGAUUGUAGACUUGGGGAAAAAAGUGAAUUUCAAUGAUGCCAGAUCAAACCAGCAGGUUGAGUCAUGUGAAAUAGCUGAUAGGGAAUUUCCUAUUAUUCAACCUGUUCAACUCCUUGCUUUCUGUAUGCACCAAGACACAACUGGAUAUGUUUGCCUCCUCAUCCAGCCAGCCAAGAAAUCAGAUGCUGGAUGGUACACGUUGUCAGCCAAGAAUGAAGCUGGUAUUGUGUCGUGCACUGCUAGACUGGAUAUAUAUGCUCAGUGGCACCAGCAGAUCCCACCGCCCAUGUCUAUCCGGCCCAGUGGCAGUCGCUAUGGAUCUCUCACCAGUAAAGGACUUGACAUUUUCUCUGCCUUUACCUCUGUGGAAAGCACAAUGGUGUAUUCCUGCUCUUCUAGGAGUGUAGUGGAGAGUGAUGAGCUUUAA